CUAAACUCUAGCUUUGACCAAGAAAGCAAGAAAACAGAGCGAGACCGGAGGUACGGAGAAACUGCGGAAGACAACCCCGACAACGAGAUCACCUUGAUCAGAAAAACCAGAAAACCAGUGGCGCUCCGCAGCUCUAAAUUCAAACUCUUGAGACUAAAAGGAAGAAUUUCCUACGAAGAUUUUUGGAAGAAUCUGAAUACUUUUUUUUUUCUAAAGAGGAAAAGAAAAUGUCUGCUGGAAUGAACAAAGCUUUUUUGCUGCCUUUCUUGUGCAUGAUGCUCUCCUACCUGGCUGCGGGUCAGGAGUGCACUGGCCAGUGUACUUGCCCAUCGACACCCCCCCAGUGCCCCCCAGGCGUUAGCCUAGUGUUGGAUAGCUGUGGCUGCUGCAGGGUGUGUGCCAAGCAGAUGGGGGAACUCUGCACCGAGAGAGACGUCUGCGACCCACACAAAGGCCUCCACUGUGACUUUGGAGCUCCUGCUAACAGGCGGAUAGGAGUCUGCACAGCCAAAGACCGUGCCACCUGUGUGUUUGGAGGCAUGGUGUAUAAGAGUGGAGAGACUUUCCAGAGCAGCUGCAAGUACCAGUGUACCUGUCUGGAUGGGGCUGUGGGCUGCGUCCCUCUGUGUUCCAUGGACAUCCGGCUGCCCAGCCCCGACUGCCCCAUGCCAAGACGCGUCAAGGUGCCAGGGAAGUGCUGUGAGGAGUGGGUGUGUGAUUCUCCCUACACACACAGCUUCAUGGGCUCUGCCUUGGCUGCCUACAGAGAGGAAGAGACAUUUGGCCCAGACCCUUCCAUGAUGAGAGAGAACUGCCUGGUUCAGACUACCGAAUGGAGCGCCUGCUCGAAGACUUGUGGCCUUGGGAUCUCCACCAGAGUCACCAACGAUAACCGUGAAUGCCGCCUGGAAAAACAGACCCGCCUGUGCAUGGUCAGACCCUGUGAAUCUCACCUGGAGCAGAGUAUCAGGAAGGGGAAAAAGUGCAUCCGCACCCCCAGAGUGUCCAAGCCCAUGAAGUUCGAGAUCUCUGGCUGCACCACCACCAAAUCCUACAGGCCCAAGUUCUGUGGCGUUUGCUUGGAUGGCCGCUGCUGCACUCCCCACAGAACCACCACCUUGCCCAUGGAGUUCAAAUGCCCCGAUGGACAGGUGAUGAAGAAACACAUGAUGUUCAUCAAGUCCUGCGCCUGCCACCACAACUGCCCUGGGGAGAACGACAUCUUCGAGUCCAUAUAUUACAAGAAGAUGAUGGGAGACAUGGCGUGAGCCACCAAAAGAGCAACUCAGAACAUUUGACUUGAAAAACAACAGAACUCCAUCUCAUUUUGCAGCUCAGUAUAUCUAAAUAUAUAUAAAACUAUAUAUGUUUUCUGCCUUUUUUUUUGAGUUUUACAUUUUUUCAUCAUGCAAGUUUGUAGCCCGGGCACUUGUGUCAGUGUCUAUGCUUUUUUUUUCUUUUUUUUUUUUUUUGCAUGGCCGAUACAACCGGCCUCAUACAGUUCAGACAGAGGGCUGCCCUGCAGCUCCGAGAGAAUCCUGCACUAGAACUUCUAUUCUGACAAACCUGUUGUCAGGUUGUCUGCCUCGUCCCCUUUGUUUUUUUAUAAACCCGUCCAUUGUUUUUUUUUAUGCCUUGUCCAAAAACUGUGUCCAUAACUUUGACCUCCUCUCUAAUUGAGGUGGGUAACUAAUAUUCCCCCCACCCCUACCCCAUUUAGCCCCUCCCACUAUUCCCUAGAGCCCUGACCAGACCUGCAAUCUCUUAAGCAGCUGCAGGGGGAGCAAGCAGACCACAGGAAGCCAGUGUUCCCCUUGUGAAACGGGUCUGAAUGUGUCCUUGUGUGUGAGUGUGUGUGUGCAUGUAACCCGCAUCUCUAACACUUGCGGGCCUGAAUGUUAGCCUUGUCUCUGUGUUGUUCCCCCAUUCCCAGUGUGAAGAAAAGGUCAGAGUUUCCGCCCAGCGUGUAGAAAUAGGGUGAGAAAGAAAGCAAGCGUGUUGGGUUUGGGGUUUGGUUAAGACACCAAACGUAGCAGGUGUGCUUUGAGGCUUUGCCACAGCACUGAGCGAAAAGAAGACGUGAUGACUCUUACUGAUUCAGGUCAGAAGGAAAGAACAAAGUAUGUAUUAUGUUUUGGAAAAAAAAAAGACUGGAAGAAUUGUGAUUUCAUUCCUUUUUCUAUUGUUGAUGUUGUAAAUGAUGUAUAUAUUUGUACAGUUUAAGUUAAUUUAAAAGCUCAAAUUGUUAUGUUUUCUCUGCUUCAUAAUGUAUCAAUAGUGUAUUUUUUGUCGACAGUAUUUUUUACUAUUUUAUUGAGAAGUGUGACAAUAAUGUUACAUGUUUUCACUUUUGUAGCUGUAAA